GCAAAACGCUGAGUUCGCGGCUUUUCUGCGUCAUCAGGGAUUUCUGUUCUUCUCCCUUGGGCGCGAGACCCGGCAUACAGGGGUCACGGGUGCCGCUUCUCUUUGUCCUUCUUGCUGAUUCUUUUCCGUCUUUUCCUGAAAAAAAGACGCAAAAGCAGCAGUCUAUAGACUGAGAGACGCGAAGAACGCCGGUCCAUCGUCCCCCGCUGCGCUUCUUCUCCCUUUCCUUCUCUCCUUUCUUCGUCGUCUUCUUUGCUACUCUCGCCCUGCCUCUCUGUCUUUCCCUCUGUCUUUCUUCCUGUCUCUCCGUCUUUCUUCCUGAAUCCCUGUGUGUCUUCGUCUCCUGCUUGGUGGAGCGGCUUCCGACAGCAGGCGAGGCAGCGAGUCGACGGGGUACGUACACCUGGAGUGCAGCCUUUGUUUAGCUGGUCGCUAGUCGUCCUUUUCGUCUCUCAGAUCUCUCCAUUCUUCUCCUCAGACCACGUCGCGUCUCUUCGAGCGAAAGAAAGCGCCCCCGGUGGAUGUACACUGUGUAUCCUUGGUUGUCUUCUGCUCGUUCUCCAGCGCUCUUCAACACAAUGCAGUGUCUGCAAGGAUGACCUCGUUUCUCUUGCCGUUUGCUCCUUUGUGUUCUUUCUCAGGAGUCCGUUGGCUGAGGAGAACGAUCUCCUCUCUCUUCUUUUCGCUCCCUCUCCUGUCUGCUGGAUUGCCUCUUGCUUCUCUGCGCAUCCCUCCAAGCCACAGUCGGCUCCUGAUUCUCUGCCUCUGCGUUUCUUCGCUUUUCUUAGCCACGACCGAAGUCCCCAGUUUUUCUUCCGGCACCUCAGUUCCCGUCUACGGGGUGUCAUCUGCGUCUCCUCCUUGUCCUUCUUUUGCUCUUCGGUCUGCUCCAUCUUCUUUCCUUUCCUUCCCUUCUGCGCGUUCUCUGCGCACUCUGAGACACCGUCGAGGUCCCCAAUUUUUCACCAUGGCGGCUUUCUCUGCCACAGCAGCUCCUGUUGCCUCGGCGCCGGGGGGCUUCUUCUAUCGGGCGCGGUCGACUCUCAAACACUGGUCGUUCAUUUCAGAGUGUCGGGGAGCGUCUGUCUCCUCCUCGUUUCUCGCGCCUCCGCUCCUCCGCGUCAGCAGAAAAACGGAGUUCCCCUUGUCCUUCUCUUCUGGUGCGUUCUCCGCUCUGCCUCAUGGCCCUGUUGGGGGCCGCGACACCCCACAUCUUCCGGGUGUACGUACACCGGAACUGCGUGUGACCCGACGACAGGCGGUGCGUUCCUGCGCUCAGCCGAACUUUGUGGCGCAUCUCUCUGCGGCGGCUCUGCGCGAGGGAGCUCGCUCAACUCGCGGACUGUUGUCUUCGCGGCUCCCUGCGUCUUCCGUGGUAGCCCGACACUGCGCUGGGGGAACUGAGGCGUCAGCUCCCGGCUGUCUAGACACCCGAGGAGGCUGCAUGCAGCGCGCCUCGCAAGCGCUUCAGAAACGCUUCCUCUUCUUCGACUCUUGCCGCGUCCAAGUCCCGCAUCCGGCGAAGAAAGAAAAGGGAGGCGAAGACGCCGCUGCGUGCUCGGACCGAUUCCUCGUUGUUGCAGACGGUGUGGGGGGGUGGGAGAGUUCGGGCAUUGACGCCGGGCUCUAUGCUCGGGAACUCGUUCACCGUCUUCGGCUUCUUUUCGAGGAAUGCAUGCGCGACAGACAGCGAGGGAGAUCAGCUCCAGUCUCUUCGGCUUCACCGUCGUCUUGCUCGGCUUCGUCUGAGUCUCCUUCUGUGUCUCCGUCAUCGCCGCUGUCUCCUCCCGCGUCUCCACGAGAGUGUGGAGCUCAGUCGUGCGGGUCAGGCGAGUUUCAACAGAGGGAUGGAGAGCAGACAACGGAGACAGAGGAGACAUCUGCGAGCGAGGAGGCCGAAGAAGAACAUGCACCAGACCCGGUGAAGUUGUUGAAAACUGCUUACUUGUCGACGCGAGCGAUCGGGUCUACCACCUGUUGUCUUGUUCUCCUCGACUCUCUUCGUCGAAGAGUUCUCGCUGCAAAUCUUGGAGACUCAGGCUUUUUCCUGUAUCGACCCUCCGAAGACCGAGUUGUCGCGCGCAGUGCCUUUCAGUGUCACGACUUCAAUUUUCCUCUUCAGCUGGGAACAGGCAGUUCCGACAUGCCUGAACAUGCACAUGUUUUGGAUCUCCCCGUCGCGGAAGGAGACAUUCUCUUUUUAGCCACAGAUGGCGUCUGGGACAACUUGUACGACGACCAAAUCCUCGCCGUUCUGCGGAACCAGCCUGAUGUUCGGAAAGCUGCGGCGGAAAUCGCGGAGCUUGCGUUCAAGUAUUCUCAGAAUCCGCGGUGGGCAAGUCCUUUUUCGACGAAGGAGCGCGAGGUUCUGGGUCUCACGCGUCGCCACCUGGGCGGGAAGCCCGAUGACAUUUCCGUCGUGCUCGCCGCAGUCGUCAGGAAGAAACGACAGUGUGCUCCGUCGGACGAGACGGACUGAGUUGAUUUUUCUGAGUCUGCCUAUGUGGAGACGCGCGAGGAGAGAUCCCGCAGUUCCGAAGAGCGGCAGGGGGAGAGGAUGCAAGGGAAGCUGCGGAGGCGCGAAGCCGGACGGGGGAGCGCGAGACGUGAGCAACCCAGCCAACCGCGAGCUUCACAGAUGGAGAGCCGCCGUUCCACUGAACGCGUCGAACGCGAAAAUCAAAGCGCAGAGACGCGUUUCGGCGGACGCGCAUCUCGAGUCGCAGCUGUACGUACACCUGGAUGUUCAAGGGGGUUCCCUGAAUUCGGUUUCCGCUUUCUCUGUUCUUGCGUGGCAAACUUGAAUUGAAACACUUGGGCUUGUAGACGCAAGUGCCUCUCGUGUAGUUUCCGAUUCCGAGUUGCGGCGACAUUUGGACUUCGACCAAACGCGGAUUCGGAUGUUGUCCGGGAGGCAAACAAGAACUCGUUCAGAGUUCGUCUCCGACCUUUACGGCUCGAAGAGCGUCUCGACCGCUUAGCUUUUCUUCUGAAGCCUCGUCACUUGUUAGAGUUCAAGCGGCUGAGAGUCGGACAGUUCCCGGGUGCGGGUGGAACAGGUUUCGCUUGCUGCAGCUCGUCUCUUUGUCUCGCCAAUUGAUUCCGAAAACCGGCAAGUAGAGACAGUGGACUCGGUUCCCCAGUCCACUGCUGCCUGCACUUGCCAGCUUUUAAAUGGGGGUUGCUGCACCUGGAAAGGGUUUCUGCAGUCUUCAUGUUCCUGUCGCCAGGCCGUGCUUCGAGAGUCACCUCGCGCUGCGUCGUCUAAACGCGUUCGUCGCUGCUCUAAGAGAGGCGUCAGGCACUUGAGUAGCGAUGCGUUCCCUGCGCGACUCGGGAUCCUCCCCAGUGACGGUACUCGGAGAGAAUCAGAUGCGAUGUCGUCCGCUUUCACAGGACUCCGCAGUCGUGAGAGGCGAACUCUCGGAGGUCAUCGUGUUGCGCCGAUGACGCGAUUCGUCCUCAGUCCACACCAGAGAUGCCGUAACUCACUCUUCAAGGUAUUUCACAGUCCGCAGAAACGCGAAAGUAUCUGAAUUCGUUGUACCCUCCGACAGUGACGACAUUCCCCUCCCCUUUUUAAAGAACCUCGAGCUGGAAAUUCCGCCAACAUUAACACGGCUCAGCCUGACGUUCACUGGUCGCGCUUUCUGCGUAGACCGACACCACCACACACAGCGAUGUACGAAAAAAAAAGUAGACUCCACUUUUAGAAUCGAGGAUUUUCAACCGCAUGCUCGUAUUUCCUACGCAGACGUAGUGGAUCCCCAAGUGGUGACAGUCUUGACUCCCGCGGCUCGCCUGUUUUUCCUGUUUUUUCGGCGCGAUGUGUCAGUGACGAAUCUCCAGGACGCCGCUUGCUUCCUCCUUCCGUUGAUCACUCUGGCGCUGUGUCUCAUCACCUCGCUAUCCAUCAACUUUAUGCUCAGUAGUUUGCCAUCUCUCUCUGUUUCGCCGCAUUCCCUCGCAUUCUCCAUUUCAUCAUUUCGUUACUUGUUGAUCUCCUCUUUAGUUUCUCUGUCUUUUUCUGACCUCUCGCUCAUGCAUCGAGUCUUUCUCUCUGCAUCUCUUCUCUGCGGCUACACACCACACUCGGCCUUGGAAACGCAGCAGGCUACAGACCUCAGUGCACAGACGUUUCA